AUGUUUAUUACAAGUGUUAUUCUACUAGCUGUCCUUACAACAACUCUAGCUGGAACUACUAUUACUGUACCUGGUUCACCUAUCACUACUAUCGAGACCACAACAACAAUAUUGGAAUGUACAUAUACUACAACUGGUGUGUACAUAUCUACUACAUGGUUUAAAGGAAGUACUAUAAGGGAUAGUGUUGCAGUUAUACUAAAAGAGAGUGGAAUAAUUUACAAUCAGCCUGGAUUCACAAGACAUGGUAUUCAAGACCAGGCUAGUCUAGUUAUAAAUAAUACACAGUUGAGUGAUGCUGACAAAUAUUGGUGUCUGAUAACUGCAAUAGGUGGCAGUGAAGAGGAAUCAAUCACACUUACAGUAACAGCUGCAACACCACCAUCUGAGCCUACAAUAGCUGUCACAGGUGGUAAUCCAUCCAAUGUGGGAAGUUUAGUCAGAUUGAAAUGUACAUCAAAUGGUACUCCCACACCGAUUUACACCUGGCUGAGAGACAACCUGCCCCUACCAGCUCUGAUUAGAUAUCAACUCAAUAGUGACAACAGUAGAUUAACUAUUGACCCAACCGACAAAGAUGACAAUGGUAAAACAUUUACAUGUCAAGUGACUAACGGUAAAGGAAGUAAAGAUGAAGACAUAACACUUAGUAUACAAU